AUGUCACUGUCAGAUUGGGACUCGACUUCGUCCCGAGAUGGAGAGAGAUACCUAAAACACCAACAUUCUGCUUCUUCGGACCACGGCGCGCGAGCUCUCGUUCCUAUGUGGGAUAGCUCAGAUCCUGAACGAGCUCCGCCGCCUCUACCACUGAACCCCCAGUCGCCCGUCUUGACUUCGCGUGCCGGCACAUCGAGCGCCAUUCAAUCUGCGCAUGCUGCCUUGAACGAGAGGGCGCGGGAAAACAGUGCCGUUGUCAGGCGCGGCGACGGAUCACCAGAGAGAGCCCUCGUCAAGGGCGCUUCACAUCGCCGUUUGCAGUCGCUACAGCCUGGUUCUGUACGAGACUUGAGCUUGAUGAUUGAAGGAAACUGGAGCAAACAAGACCUCAGACCCUCAACACCUACAACACCGCGGGAAUUACCGCCCGAGCCGAGGUCUGACGGAGACUCUGCCAAUUCAACCCCGAUUCCGGGACCCAGCUUGACGCCUAUUUUGAGGCCGACGGCCAGACGGCUUCCCCAGCAGAGCAUACUGGGCGAGAAUACGCCACCCCAGAGCUCGACUAUGCUGGCUCUGCAAAACAUGGGCAGCAAAUCUGCUUCAAGAGAGGCAGAGUCUGCUCUGUCUAACAUCACAAACGGCUCCACGCCUAAGCAACCUCCCUAUUCCGAUGAUGUAUCCGCUCAACUUCUUACGCUCACAAACAUUGCGACAUCUCUGCAGAAGGAGAUGUCGGCUUUGAGUCGGCGAAGUCGGGACAAUGCUACUGAUUUACUAAGCUUGAAGGAGGCGACCAAGUCCAGAGAUGAGGACGUCAGGAAGAGCCUCAGAGAGCUUGUGGGCAACAUUAACGAGCAGUCCAGUCGGAUCACCUCCUUCAAUGGUCCGUAUCUUGAUAACAAGCCCUUUGGCUCACCUCCCACGCAUUCACGAGCGUUUCAACUUCCCCGGAUACCAUCACCAAAGAGCUUUGCUGAAUCGAUUGACCGUGGCUCCAUCAGCACACCUUCUUUGUCCGGAGUAGACACAUCUGCUUCACUCAUACUUUUGGAGAAAAUUUGGAAUGGGCUCGGCACUAAAGAAGGACAAGAGUCACUGGUUGGCUUGCUUACCCAGUUGUCCCAGAAACUUUCUGGGCUAGCUACCUCUGCCAAGGUCGACGAGCUGGCAGAGUACAUUCGUUCGCAAUCAGAGAAUGCUGUUGUACUUGGAAGCGCAACCGGAAGCGGAGGUUUGGGCAAUCAAGACAUGGAACUGGAAAGGGGUGGGCUUGUGACCCAACGAGUCGACCGACUUCUCUUCAACGGAGAAAACAGAAGAUCCUCGGCACCUUCUGGGCGUGGCGCGGAGCUUGUAAAUGAAGAACUUAUGAACAUCAUCCGGUCCGUCAAAGACAGUGUCACCCAGGGCGGUGGUUUAACUGCAGAGGUUAAAGCUCUAGUGCGCGAACUCAGGGGUGAGGUUCUUGGCAUGGGGCGAGAACUAGGCAAGAGAUUGGAGAAGGUCGGAAGUAAAGGAAUUGAAGAGGCUGAGGCUCCUAGCAAAGACGAGGUUUCCAGAGUCAUUGAUGAAGGCUUGGAGCAGAUGAAGGAACAGCUCAACAACGUCUUGCGAGAACAUCGACGCCAGUCUGCCCAGACACAGUCUUCACAAAAGACGGUGGUUGAUUAUAAGGAAAUCUACAAUGCUAUGCGAGCUGCGUUGCGUGAUAACGAAGCCUCUACCGACGAGACACCCGACUUGAGCCGAGAAGACGUUAUCGAGGCAGUCAGAGACGCUUGGGAAAAUUACAAGCCUGAGAUUGAAGUGCAACAGCUCGGUCUUGAACGGGAUGAAGUCUUGGCUUGCCUCAAAGAAGGCCUUCAAGAGUAUGCUCCCCGGGAUGAGCGACCUGAGGCUGCAACUAGAGAAGAAGUAUUCAAGGCUGUUGUGGAGGGACUCAAGCACUUUGCUCCUCCACAGGUUGAAACCCCAGCCUCCCUGUCACGAGACGAAAUCAUUGACGCUGUUCGUGAUUGCCUUGAGGAAUUCGAGUUCCCCGUCGCCGCAUCCGCUGUUGGCACCGAGUUGUCGCACCGCGAUGUCGUUGACGCCGUGCGCGAAGGCCUCAGUGGUCUUGAUCUUCCUCGAAAUGAUGCUCUUAUGGCGGUUCCUAGCAACAAUGAUGAAAUUGCCUCCCGUCUUCAGGACAUCAUGGAGUAUAUGAAACUUGAAUUUAAGGCCGCCUCCGAGUCACAUCGUGAUGUCGUUCAACAAGCCGUGCGCGAGGGCCUCAGCGAGCUCGAUCUUCCUCGUGGUGAUGCUCUUAUGGCAGUCCCUGCCAAUACUGAUGAAAUUGUCUCUCGCCUUCAGGACAUGACGGAAUACAUGAAGCUUGAGUUUAAAGCUGUCUCUGAGGAGGCCAAGGACAAUGUGGCCGCGAAUGGACGAGACACUGAGCAAGUUCUUGACGCCACCAAGGAUGGACUUGAAAAUCUUCGCAUCGCCAUUGAAAGCUACGUCGACAGGGUUUCUGGUGUCGCUGGCCACGAAGAGUUUAUGGACAACAUGUCAAGAACCAUGGAGGAGUUCAAGGAGGAAGUUUCCAGGGCUGUAUCCAUGGCCAACGACAGCUCCCGUGAGGAGCUCCAAGCACACCUGGAGGGGUUGCGCGAAGUUGUCAACUCUUCUAUGGUUCCCGCAUCCAGCCCUACUGUUCCUAGUGUCAAUAAUCAGGAAGUCCUUGAGGCUCUUCAUAAUGGAUUGACUAGCCUUCGACAAGAAAUCUUGCGGCCUCGACCUGAGACAGGCGACAUCUUGGAUGCCAUCCAAGAUGGCCUGAACGAUCUCCGCGCGGCCCUUGAAAGAGUUAUCAACAAACCUGUGGACUUGACUGCCAACGACGAGGUUCUGGAUGCGCUCAAGUCCGGUUUGGAUGGCGUUAGGUCAGAUAUUGAGACCCUCCGUGACAGCAGCAACGAAAGAGCUGUUGCGGCUGUUGCGACUGCUACAGAAGAAGACACCAGUCGAGCAAUUAUUCCCGCCGACAUGGUGAAGCAAGACGACAUUAAGAAUCUCGAAGUCCUCAUCACUCAGCUCAGGAUCAAAGUUGAGGCAAUGGAGCCAGAGACGGAGACUGUUCAGCGGGAUGAUUUGGCUCGCCUGGAAGAUAUGCUUCGUAGCGUUCAGGAGGGUGUCAAUGAAAUCUCGACUCGAGAGCCACCCGCUGCUGCCGAGCCCGCUAAAGAAGUGCAUGAGGCCACUGACACUAACAAUAGUGAUGCUGCUUCCAAGGACGAUGUCCAGGCUAUUGAGACUAUUCUCCGGAACACCAAGGCCAGUCUGGACGAUCUCGUUGAGGGUGAACAGGCGGUCCGUAAGGAGCACCUCGAUGCCAUCGAGGCUCUGGUCCUGGAGACGCGCGAGACCAUGACGUCCAUGACCGAGCAGCUAGCCACCAUUUCACAGAAGGAGGAUCUCAAUGCGUUGGAAACUCUUGUUACACAACUUAGCCUUGGUCUCGAAGAAAUAAAGGAAAGAAGCGACAAGGCACCGUCCUCCGAUGAAGAGAUGGCCACCAAGACUGGUCUUGAGGCUGUCGAAGCUGUUGUUCUGGAGAUCAAGACAGCACUUGAUGGCUUGACGGCGACUGAUUUUGCCAGCAUCUCCAACAAGGAAGACGUGUCCAACUUGGAGACGAUCUUGAAGGAGGCCAAAGAGAAGAUCGAGGCACAUACCGAAUCGAAUACCAAGGCACUUGAUGACCGUCAAGCUGAGAUCGUUGGUGUUGCCGAUCGCGUCACGGCGGUCAAAACCUUGUUGGAAGAGUUCCAGGAAGCUAUCAAGAGUAAAUUGGAUGAUGGGUCAUCGGGAAUUGAUGCUGUCACAAAGUUGCUCGAAGGCAUGGGAGAAAAAAUCGACAAGAACGAAAACGUCGGCGCCGACCUCAAGGAAAUGUUCGAAACGAUGAAGACCCAGUUCGAAGAGAACAAGGAAGUUGUUGCUGGUGCCCGGCUGGAGUCCAAUGAGAAGCUCCAGGAGGCGGCAGACAGCAUUGGUACAAAGAUUGACGACAAGAUUACGGAGCUGAAUGUCAAGUAUGAUGAGUUCAAGGCCACGUUGAACGAGAAAAGCGAAGCCACCGAGGCCCGGGAAAUCGAGACCGAAGCUGCUGUUGUUGGUACCAAGGCUAUUGCCGAGGACUUGAAGCUUCUUAUUGAUACCCUUGGCUCGACUGUCACAGACUCUCUGGAGAAGAUGGAAGAAGCAUCCAAGACAGUCUUCUCCAAGGUCGAGGAUCUCGCCACCCGCACCGAGGAGAUUGACACUGAGGGUAAAACAGAACACCAGAAGACUCGUGACCAUUUACAACAAGCUGUCGCUGCUGUCGAGAGCUUGCAGGGCGAGGUAAAGGAACACCAACCCGAGAUCCUGACAGCUGUGAAAGAUAUUCUCCUGCUGGUAGGAGAGCACUUUGAACACUCCAAAACGGCAUCCACCGAACUUCAGGACAAGAUUGCUGAGGCCAAGCCUGUCGAGCAACAAAUGCUUCCGCCCCCUGAGAAGUAUGAUGACUCAGCAGUGCAGGAGAAGCUCAAUCUCAUUGCAGAACAAAAGUAUGACGACUCAGCUGUACAGGAGAAGCUCAAUCUCAUCGCGGAACAAAAGUAUGACGACUCAGCCGUACAGGAGAAGCUCAAUCUUAUUGCAGAACACAAGUAUGACGACUCCGAGAUCAAGGAGAGGCUGGAUAGACUGGUCGAGCAGCAAUAUGAUGACAGCCCAGUUCAUGAGAAGCUUGAUAGACUGGUUGAGCAGCGCUACGAUGAUGGCCCAGUCCAUGAGAAGCUUGACAAACUCGUAGAUCAUAGCACCACGUCAGCCCAAGCAUUUGCCCAGCUGGAGACAUUGGACAAGGUCCAUCAGUCUGUCGUCAAUACUGCAGCCGAGAUCUCACAGUUCCUGUCUUCCCAGACACAACGAAUCGAAAAUGACCACGAGGAUCGGGAAAAGACUCUUCAGGAUACUGUGAUUGAAUUGGAGCGCAAACUCGCUGAGCGAGAACACAUGGAAGCAGCUAUUCUUAGCCUCAAGGAUGAAGAAGAUAGGCUUCGUAACAGUGUUCUCAAUCUGCGGACAGAGCAGGAGAGCCUAAUUAGACAAAAGACUCGAUUGACAGGCGAUGUUUCCUCUUUGGAGACAGCCUUGCGUCUGCGCAAGGAGGAGCUGUCAGAUAUGGAGUACCGCGCAGAGAGACUGGAGAGACGCAUUGUGGAGGGCGUCAUGGACCACUCUCGGGUACUAUUGAUGGCCAAGGACAGCAAGGGACGUGACGACAUGAACCGGAAACGUGUUAAGAAGCCUGUUGGUGAAGAUGGGGAAACUGGCGGUACUAAGUCGAAUCGCCCUGCCCUCAGCAUGGCUCUGGCCACCAGGCGAAACCUUGGGGUUCCCACACAGAACGGAUCCGCGAGACGUAUUGCGUCGCUCAGCCAGAUGAAUAGCAGCUCGCCAUCUGGUCUGGUCAAGAGAAGCCAAAGCGUACGCACAGGAGCUGGCAAUGCUCUCCGGAAGCGAAGUUGGGGCGGAGGUAUGGCAAAGGGGGUUGGCGAAGAAGACAAGGAGAAUCUUCGCGUUGGUGAGACCGUAGAGGAACUUGACGAGCCGGAUACAGCAGCUUCCUCUCCAGUGGCAAGCACUGUUGCGUAUACAGCCGACAAUGACUCUGUGCUUGACUCGCUGGUGGACGAUGAUGGCGAGGGCAGUGAUACAGGGACACUGAGAAGAAGCAGCGUUGGCACGACGGUCAUGUCAAGCCAGUACACGGAAUCGGAGGCAGGGUAUAGCGAGUACGAUGGGACGGAAAGCGACUGGACGGAGAGUCAAGUUGGGACGGAUGUCGGGGCCGAGAACGGGCUGGUUAUUUAUGAACAGUAG